GCAUAUGGCGGACGUUUUAUAUAUUUUUGCAUGAGAAACUGACAAAUUCUUUUCGUUAUGACUGCCUUGUGACCACUAGAACGUAUAUUUGUUAUAUUUAGAUGAUAAUCGUUAGUUUUUAAUUUGUAAAUUAGUUUAUUGUACCUAGAAUUGUGUAAAUAAUAUUUUGAUUCGUGGACGUUUAUACGGGUCAUUGCUGAAAAACGAAGUCUGUGAUAUAAACAAUACAUAGGUGAUAGAUUAGUUUCUAAUAUUAUAUUGUAAAUACUGUAAAAAUAUUUUGGAUUUUUAGUAGAAAUAAUAAAUUCAAAGAAGACUGAGAUAUAUUGUGAGAGAUUGAAAGCUAUGUCAGCUGUGAGUCUAUUGUCUACAUUGAAGGAGAAACCUACGGAAGAGAUCCAAAACGAUGAUGUUGUCCAACCAGGUCACGAAGAGAAUGGUAUGUCGGGGGGAGGUGACCCCGCGGUACUCGCCGUUGGCCCAGCCCGGAAACCUUUCACCUACACCAUUGAGCAGCUUAUGCGGAUACGAAACUCACCGCUGGUCACCCAGGGUCUGGAGAACGCGUUCGCUGGCUGCGAAGCAUUGGCUCUGGUGCUGAAGAAGAAUCCCGAUUCUCCAACGGAAGAAGAUAACGGUUCCAAGGGGGAGGGGAGCGGUAACAAUAAGGCUGGUUUCGGUCGAGACCGUGAUCGUGAACGCGAGCGACGCUCGGCGGACCCUCGUGAGCGUGUUCGUAAAGAGAGCGAGACCGGAUCAGGCAUCGUCCUGUCCCCGCAGCGGCGCUCCUUCACUUCGGGCUGCGGUGGGCCUGGCUCGGUAGCACAGCCCCCACCUCAGCUGACUCGAACCAGGCCGGAGUCGCCACUCUCCACCGCGACCCCGCAGAUACAGAAGACUGAGCAAGUCGGUCGCCGCAUCGGUUCCGGCCGCAUUAUGGUGCGAGACGCGGCGUCUGGCAGUUGGGAGGACAGCGAAUUCCGGCAGGCGGAUAACAUCUACCGGCCGCCGGGAGCGCUUCGGGAUCGGGACCGCGACCGGGACUCCGAGCGUGACCGCGACGACCGAAGGACUAACAGUGAUAGGUUUGAGAGGCGUUCAUUCAACCGAGAUUCCUUCUCUUCCGACAUUAAGAGGGAAAGGGAUGAUCGGUUUAACAACGAGAAGAACAGAGACAGAGAGGACAACCGCAGAUCUGGUGGUCGCUACUCUCACCGACGCUAUGACAAGGAGGACGAGCCCGAAUGGUUUAGCGGAGGGCCAACUUCCAAGUUGGAGACUAUAGAGCUUCGUGGGUUCGAUGAGCCGAUCAAGGAGAAGCUAAAAGGAAAGGAUAAUGAGCAGAAGUGGAGUAAGAGUAAUAAGAACGCGUCAUCGCCGGCUUCUGACAAGUGGAAGGGAGAGUCUCAGUCGCCGGUGCCGCAGCCCGUCGAGAACAAUACUGAUGAAACCCAGGAUAAGGACUCGAGAGUGGAGUUGAACAAUAAAAAUGUACUGGGGGGCAGCGAUGAACCGGAGUUCAAUUUGGACGAGUUCCUCGAGUUUGAUUCAAUACCAGUGGAACUCACAAACGGUGCCGGCGAGAGUGAAGAGAGUAAGUUCAGCAGAUGGUUCCACAGAGACAGUCCCACCAACGACGCGAAACACUACGAAAGGCUCAUGCAUAACAUGGUUGAUGAUCUGGACAACUCGACUCAAGUGGAGACACCAAACGUCAACCAUGGCAUGAACAUGGCCGGCAUCUCGAUGAACAAUGGCAUAAUUGGCCACAUGGGUAUGAACAGUGGCAUUGGUGUGAACAGUGGCAUUGGUUUGAACAGUGGCAUUGGUUUGAACAGUGGCAUCGGUGUGAACAGUGGUAUGGGAGUGAAUAGUGGUAUGAGUGUAAACAAUGGCAUGGUUGGGAACAGUAGUAUGGUGGGUAACAGUGUUUUAGGUAGUACCAGUGUGAAUAGUGUUAACAGUUACAAUGCGGAACCGACUGUGUUUAACCAGUCUCCUUCGCUGCUUGACUUAUUGAGGAGAGCCAAUGCACAGUCCGAGAGACAAGAGAUGAAUUCGUCGAUGGGAGGCAAGAUCCACAGCUUGGAGGAGCUGGAAGCGAGACUCAGGCCGCAACCGCCCCCGCAGCCCGACAGAGAUCUAUCUGCAUUUAAAAGACUGCUGGCGCAGGUGUCGGGCGGCCACGCGGUGGCGGCAGACCGCGCCCCCCUCACCGCUCACGGCCCGCUGACGUCACACGCCCCGCAUCCGUUACACAACCCGCUACCGCAGCCGCAACCGCAGCCGAUGAGCUUGUUACAGAUGCUGAACAAGAGCAUGGAGCAACAGCAGCAGCAGAAGGCGCAGCAGCAACAGCAACAACAGCAACAGCAGCAACAACAGCCGCACAUUCCGCAGGAGCUCCUAUACAAGCUGCUGCAAGUGCAACAGCGGCAACAGCAGGCACCUUCAGAAAUGGCCGGAAUGAGUCUCUCCGUGGCUGACCGGGAACUGUUGCAGAGGCCCGAAGCUCAAGCGAUCAUUCAUGGCCUCAAGGGUGGUGAGAUAACCGUGCAGCAUUUAAUGCAGCAGCUCGGCAACCCUGGCCUGCAGAGUCGGCAUCGUGAAGUGCUGCUCACGAUACUGAGGCUUCAUCAUCAUCAGAGACAGAUGCAAGCGUCUCCACUACCAGGUAUGAGCACUCCCAAUAUGGGCGUGGCUCAUCAACCCUUACGACUGUCCCCAAUAUCCCACUCAGCGUUCUGCAUGUCUCCAAUCAUGAUGGGAAGCCCCAAUUCACUCAACAUGCAUCAACAAGGUCAAGGCAGGAUCCCGUCGCCGCGAGAGAUGGCGCACACUCAGUCGCUCAUGCAGGGCGCCAUGCUGAAGAAGAAGAUCGAGGAGCAGCGCGACCUGAGGCGUCGUCACGAGGUGCAGCAGAUCAAGCCGCCCACUCAGCUCGCCUUCACUCCCACCUCGGUAUUGCGGAAGAGGACCGCCGAUAAGGAGGAAGCGUUGAGUCCUAAACCUCAAAUGCAGUGGAGUCAGCCAAUCAAAAUGCCGCAAGGGAGGCCCAUCGUUAAGGGCAACCAGGGUGGCACCGCUCCUAUUGGGUACGCGCCGUCACCAGAGUACCAACACUACAUGAACACACCGCAAAUUGGUUCUGCGAUUGGUUCGCGUGGUGGUUACCCAAGUCAACAACAACAACAGCAAAGAGUGCCGGUGAAUAAUACUUACAACAUGAACAACACAGGCAGAGGCAUGCCCAGUGGUACGACCCUGCACAAACUGUUGGUGCAGUCACAUCAAAGGACCCUUGAAGCGAAUAGCGGCGGUGGUGAUAACCAACUAGCGAAGUGGUUCUCACCAGAAUUGUUGGCGCGAGCGUCUGAAGGGAAGCUACCAUCAGUGCACGUUCCAAACGCGUUGUCUCUUGAGGACCUCGAGAAGCACCACUACUCGCCGGCGCCGCCCAUGCGCAACUGAGCGGCAUCAAAGAGAACGCCGCUUUUAUACUGCGCAAUCUGUGACGUCACACGCCUAGUGAACAAUUCAGUGCUACAAACCCAACCAAAAGUGUAUCUUACGGUGUCAAUUUUGGACGCGGAUUUCAAAAUGUCUAUUCUGUGUCAAACGCAAUGAAGUGUUUUUGUUUUGAAUUUGACAACGCCCAUUCCGAACGUCGUCGAGUCGAGUUGAAAUAAGUAUUCUCAGUUCUGAAUAUAAAUAUUUGUGUUCAUUUAUACUUAAAAAAAAUUUCGUGUGUUUCGACCAACACCAAACCUUGAUUUUUUUAUUCUAUGAAAACAACAUUUUUGAAUUAUAUUUAAUUUAUAACCAACCGUGAAGAGCGAAACAUUAAUAAUGCUUUAAAAAGAUAUUAAGUCAAAAUUAAAUUAAAAAGAAUAUAUAAAAUUAGUAAUCGAAGGAUGGAGCAUAAUAAUCUACGCGAAUAUAAAAUAUAGCAAUAAAAAACGUGUCUUAAAGUUAACAUCGCCAUAUCCAGCUCAAGUUAUAUAUAAAUUAUUAAAUAUUUUACAUUUUAAGUUGUGCGAGGAUGAAAAAACAAUACCAAACCCAAUCUUACAUUUGUUUUAUUGACAAUUUAUAUGAUCUUAAUACAUUUUAAAUAAUUUUUAACACGUUAAAGCCCGUACACGUGCGUACAAUCAAUUGCGUGAACGGGCAAACGCGUGACGGGGCCAUAAUCUCUGCAACGCCUCAACGCCUAUUUUACGUGCAGAGGAGAUCCUCGAGCAAUCGUAUCGUUAUUGAAAGUCUCCCCAUUGGCUAUGUUAAAACAAAGAUUUAUAUCUUCCUCAUUGAUAUAAUUGGAGGGAAUGGUCACCAUGAAAUGAGCCCCAGCUUCUGCUGAUGGCUAAAAAAUCCCGUACAACAUUGUUUCUUUACUUAAGAGAAGAAAACAAGAGUGUGAGAAGAGCGAUAAAAUGUGACUUAAACUAAUAAUGAAUUAUAAUUUACAAGUAUUAAGAUAAUGUUGGCUCUUGACUAUACGACCAUUAGUAGUGUAAAGGCCUUCCCACAUCGACGCUGCGAACGCAUAUCUUGAGCAUAUUGUCGUCUCACUCGUUUCGAAUUGAUUCCUAUAACAGAACUUCGUUUUAUUCCAUUUGCUUUUAAAUUUGUUAGAAGACAGUGCGAUUUCAUUUUAUUUACAAUUUUUUUUAUCAAUUAGGUACUUUUUCGAAUACGGUUCUAUUUCGAUUGAAAAGCCUUGUAGCCUGAAUACUGAAGAUUGACCGUGAACGAUAAUAACAAAGUUGAGUUGAUAAUUAUAAAUAUAAAGUAUUUAAAAAACACUAAAAAAACGCUUUGAUUGAAAUUUAAAAUGAACAGCAAUUCCUGCCUUAUUAUGAAAAAUGGAAUAAUUUUAUCAAAAUAAUGUAUUGUCAUCGGUCCUCGAUAAAUCUACGAAGUUUGAACGAAAUCUGACCGUUUAAAGUGGUUCAAAAUCGCGCCCAAAUGAGUCGGUUGCAAACAAACAUACAUAUACAGGUGAAGCUAAUAAAAAGCGAAAAUCCCCGCUACUGCGAUUCGCAACGUCAUGUGUGGGCGAGGCCGAAUAAUAAGAUUGUGAUGAUAAGUUGAUAGAUAUUGUAUAAAAUAUAAUGUGAAACCAUUUUUAACAUAUUUUAGAUUUAGAUAGCUACGAAAAGACCUGAUAAUAUCUCAUGUGAUUUGAAUAGAGUCACUAUAAUUUAAUAAAACAUGUUAUGCAAUAAAAUAAUAUCAGUGGUUUUUCACUAAUUUAUUAAAAAAAAAAAGUAUCUAAAUACAAUAAAUUAUUUAGUGUAUAUCGUUAAAAAUGGUUUCGUUUUUACGUUGAGAUUUCUUACUUUUGGUGAGGAUUUGUAAGGCGUUAUUAUGACAUAAGAAACUGUACAAUACUAUGUUGUUCUGUAGACCAGACCAGACAAAUGGGAACAAGGGAGAUGAAAUUCGGUUCAUUUACUUAACUUCUUUGUUGAAUUUAUUUUCAGUUGCAUAUAUAACAUAGUUGAUUGUUAAAGAUUGUGAUAAAGAUAUAAACUUUGCGAUGAAAAUAGUUGUACUAAUUACAAAUGCAUGAAGAUAUGGGCUGUCUAUUGGCUAUUGCUUAACCCGAUAAAAAAACAAAAGUAUGAUCAAGACAACUCCGCCUUGUUUCUAUUGUCUAUGGUUGUUAAAACGAAGUGAUUCGGAUAUAAACAUGCAUAAUAUCAACGGUUGUGUUCCCGGGAUUUUUUUGUUACUCUAUUGGUAUUUUUUCUUAAGGAGAGAUGAGUUUAGGUUGAAAAAAAUAUAUAUUUCUCAUUUUCAAGUCUUUUUACAAUCGAUUUCUAUUUAAAGGCGGCGUUUUUGUAAUGCUCACUCGUCUGUCCGACAUUUUCUAUUUUAAUUUGAACUUUGUUGUAUUACGAUAAGCGACGCCAGACGAUUGUGGACUGUGUUUGUUAUAUUGGUUGUAUUAUAUUUGCGAUCAGCGCCAUCUUGUGGCGACGAAGUAUUAAUAUGUGAUGCAAUGAAGCUGAUUUGGUGAUACGCUUUAGCAUUUAGCCUGCUUUACGUAAUAAGGUGAAAUAUUAAAAUACUAAAUGCGUGAGGUGCCCCUUGCGUUAAAAAAACGUGUUAUUCGCACACGUACGUUUCAAUAGCGUUUUGCAUGAUAAAGAAAAAAAUCACCAAGUUGGACAAUUCUCGUUAAUGUGCCUACACACAUAUUGUUGAAAAAGUCUCACCACAUUCAAAUCUGAUUGCGAAAAUCUUUUUUUGAAUGGCCGUCAAACCUGUCAAUGUCAAAUGUCAAGCGCCUCAUUGAAUUUCGAUGUAUCGAACUAAUAUUUUCCUACAAAUAUUUAUCGUUACCAUUCGUAAUUACUUUACUUUCUGGCUAUCCGCUUUUUGUUGCUGUCGAUAUCUUUCUCUAUACAUCUCUAUCUUAUCCUCAAAUUUCUCUUUCAAUGAUUGGAUUUUCCACUACGCUCUUUAUAAAUAACUUUUUCCUUAAAUCUAAAAAAUUGUAUAAAUUCUCUAUUAAGAGGCGAUCACACGGUUAUCGAUAAAAUUUCCUGAUGAUAAGUUAAAAUUUAAACUAGAAUCUAUUUUAUACGGAUUGUUUUCACACUAUAUUUUAGAGGCAGUCUCUUAUCAUUUCUCUAGCAGCACUCUUAUCAUUUCAGUAGGUACAUAAUGAGUGCGAAAGUCGGCAUCUGGCGUCGUGUCAAUUAGCCGAGAUCGAUAUCGAUUAGUCGAUAUAAACCGUCCAUUAAUAUCUCGACUCGUAUGUAGCAAUAAUCUCGACCAUAUCGUCGUUGGUCACACACUCUAUUUUGACCAACGUAACCACCUAUAUGAUAAUCAUGUGUCGGUUUGAUACUAUUUUUUUAUUUAUUUUAUCGGAUGCAAAUAUGAAAAAUUGGAAUGUUCUAGAGUGUGGCGAUUUGAUGUUCCUGAGUAGCUUGCUCUAAGCCAUCGUAGUUUAUACGCAGAGCGCUAAAGCCGACGAGAUUUGUGAGCAGUGGCCCUGUUAAUUAAACUGUACGCCUUAUUGUUGUAAAAUACUGCUAUUGCUCGAUCUUUUUUUUAACAGGCGCGAGAAAUGUAAAGAUUCAUUCGAAAAACGAGUUUUUGAAUCAACUACAUCAGAACACGUUGGCAUUCUACUCCAAAAGUCCAAGGUUUGAAACCUUCAUAGCGCAAACCUUCAUACAUAUGCAUGUAUGUGUGCUCUGCAAUGCGGGCACGCACGUACCUACUUGUAAAUUGCGUACACGCCCGCACCCGCAUAGGGCGUGUCCCUCUAACGGAUAUACAGAAGAUACAAUAUUCACUUGCGUCUAGCCAGUUCAUUAUGUUUACUACGGUGGCUUAGUGAUUCGAGCAGUGUAUAAGUGGAACGUAUAAAUAUUACAAAGUUUCGGUUAAAACGAGUUGUUCGAAGCGCGUUACAGUCGCUGACGAUACCAGAUAAUGUCUCCUGUAAGCUUUAAAUUAUUAAAGAAAAUUUGAAAGUUG